AAAUUUUGUAAUGUCAACGUGUUAGAUAUCUUUCUAUUUUAUUUUAUUUUUAUUUAUUUUUUAAUCGAAAUUUUAUAAAAAACAAAAUGUUUUGAAGACUGCCGAAUAAUUUGUGGUAAUGUCAGGGCUCAGUUGCGACGGCAUGGAGCCCGAAGCGGUAAACAACAAUGAAAAAAAGAUAAACGAUGAUGUCAAGUCUUUCUUACUAAAGCGAAGUGAACACGAGCUGCCUCGGUACACUGCUAGAAUUAGGACCUACCUGGAUGUUAAAAGAAAGCGGCAGCGGGCGAAUGAGGCGCGACGCAAUACUGAGAGUAAAAUAACAAAGAAGAAAACUGAGACUGAAACAAAAGAGGACACCGCCUUUUUAAGUAACGAUGACGAUCGUGUCAGCAGGAGUCGCCGUGAUAAAGUCGAGCGCGCCCGUCCGGUGUCACAUGGGCAGGAGCCCACAGAUCGUUGUUGCCGGCGCAGGCGCCGACGGAGAUCGUGUCGUCGAAGACGCAGAAGGCGUCGCCGUCGUAGUUGCAGAAGGCGUCGCCGUCGUAGUUGCAGCCGGCGCCGCCGUCGUCGCCGUCGCCGCAGCUGUAGCCGCCGCCGCCGCAGACGAAGCUGUCGGCGAAGGAGACGCAGGAACCGUCGCUGUGGAUGUCGUCGUUAAGCCCUGAUGUAUUCCAUUUGUAACCGAUUUUUGGAGCGUUUUAUGAAUAAAAUAUUGA